GCAGUGUCAUCCAAUCAUGCAUAAUAUAUGCGUGUCGACUCUUUAUUCCGACUUAUCCACAUACCCGUUGUUUUUUUCCCCAGUCGCCUCCCACCAAAUCAUCUCUAAUCCUUCUUUUGAUUAUCUUCUGAAUCAUCACCUGGACAGGGCAUCAACGCGGCCAAUUGGUCUCGGUCUCUUGGUUUUCGCUAGCAACCAAAUUUGGUGCCAUGUCAUCCGACAUUCCACAGACAAAUUUGUGGCUUGAACGAUCUCGUCUCGAUGGAAUGUUGUUAGGCGGUGUAUCCUACGGUGUAUUCUCUCUCCUUACACUACAAGCCGCGAGUGCUCUCAUGCAACGGCCUCGACACGGUGGAAAAAUCGCAGAUAAUCGUCUCGUGCUUCUAUCCUAUAUCGCCGUCACGUUCGUACUGGGGACAAUAGGCUAUGCUGCGAACGCCAGAUAUACAGAGAUGAUUUGGAUAGACCUUCGCGAUGCGCCUGGUGGUCCGGUCGCGUUAAUUGAGCACAUGAUGGAUUAUCGUAUCAACAUUAUGGGGCUUGCCACUUAUUAUAUCAUGGGGUGGUUUAUGCAAGCUCUGCUUCUCCACCGGUGUUUUGUGAUAUGGGAUCGGGCAAGAUCUGUGAUAAUCCCGAUGAUCGCCCUCUACACGGCCAUGCUUGGAGUGUCUAUUUUCAUCCUGAUCCAGGCGAGCACCGGUGCCAUAUUUUUCAAGAUCAACACCAUGCUUCUCUACCUCUGCAUGGAAUUAGGGUUUACUCUGGUUUAUACGAUUCUCGUGACGAAUCGUUUGCUCGUCAUGCGAAGCCGGAUGAAGCAGGCCGUACCCCAUUAUGAUUCUAGCACCUAUGAUACCAUCGUCCUCAUGCUCAUCGAGUCCGCCAUGUUAUACUCUGUCUUCUGCGUGAUUCUUAUAGUUGCCAUUGCGAUGAAUUCUAACGGCGUCUCCAAUCUAUUCUACUUAUCUAUUAGCAGUGUCCAGGGUAUCGCCCAAUUGCUCAUCAUCAUCCGUGUAGCACGGGGGCGGGCAAUUACACGCGAGUGGUCGACCCGCAGUUCUGCAGCACCUACGUCUAUAUCAUUUUCAAGAUCUAUGUCGGAUUCGAUGGAUGAAGCCAUCGAGCGAAUAGGUAGUCCAGCGCAGGAUGAUGUUCAGUUGUAUUCUAUUCAAUCGGCGAAGGCAGCGGAAGCAGAAGAGUGUAUGGCAUGACAUAUCGUAUUGGUUUACUUGUUGUAUUAUACCUGAUAUGGCUAGUAUAUCGUCGAAAGAAAGUCUGCAAUUAUUGAGAGCAG